AUGCCUUCCCAAAGACUGCCUCUCUUUCCGUGCAUCUGCGUGGCUUUGGCCAUGACUUUGCUGGCGAUCACACUGCUCGGCGGUGCACUCCCGGAGGAGGACGAGGCUUUCGUGUCUGGAGCCACCCGCCAUCGCGGCGCUUUGACCCAGAUGCAGGCCCGGAAGUUCACUGCAGCAGACCGUGGCACCCCUGAGUACGAGGAGUACAUGAGGAACCAGAAACAGGUGAAGAAGGCGGCAUGGGACAUGAUGACGACGGCCAACGGCUACCGUGACGUUGGCAUCGACGUCCCCGUGCCUGCGCCUGCGCCCGCGCCGGCGCCCUCGCCGUCCUUCCAGUCUGCCCCGGCACCCAGCGGUGGCGGCGGAGGAAACCCCUUCCAGUUCCUCGUGGACCUGUUCAACCCAACCACGACCACAACGACCACCACGCCGCCACCGAACCCUAUCGAGGCCUUCUUCAAGUCCCUCCGCUGA